CUGAUACCGUUUUUAGUGGACAAAUAUUCGUGGCAGCUUGUCAUUCUCGUUCUCUGGUUCCGAAUGUGAUCUUAUCGCUCUUUGCUAACCAUCAAUCCUUUCCUGAACCAUGGCAAAUUCUUAUUUGUCAAAGUACUACCACUGCGGAAGAGAUUUCAUUCUUCAUUAAGCGUUCUUUCAUUGCUGCAGAUAACGGGUACAAAGAUUAUUUAUUUUGCAUUGCAAACGUUGAGUUCCUGGAUCUUGAACUACAAUAUAAUCUGGUGAGGACUAUUCGCAAUUUUCAAGAAAAAAAGAAAGAUUAUCUUCUGGCCCUCGUGUGCACUCAAGAAAAUGGUAGGAACCAUCAUAUUAUAAAUCAAUUCGCAGAAAAUGUGCACGUAACAAAUGGUCUCGAUGCGAAAUCUAUGGAACUUUGGUACCAAGAAAUUUGUCCCGACGUUAAAUGCGUGACAUCCAAAAUGUCCGGACAAGGAAAAACAGAAUGGAUUAAAGAAUCUA